CUAGCACAAUUUGUAUUUUUGUAAUUGUUUUCAACAGUUGUGUAGAUAAAAAUGUCGGAGAAAAUGGUAACAUUAGUGUCGAGUUCGGGUAGUUUUGGUGGUAAACAAGAGGUUUGGAGCCAUGAAAGCAAAGAACUGAAGUGUAAAAUGAAUUUCUCGGUAUAUAUCCCACCGAAAGUGAAAGAUAAUUCCGGAAUCAAAGUACCGGUGCUUUACUGGCUAUCAGGGCUUACGUGUACCGAACAAAACUUCAUUAUCAAGUCUGGGUUUCAGAGAUAUGCCUCAGAGGAGGGUAUUAUAGUGGUCGGUCCCGAUACCAGCCCUCGUGGCGUCAACAUUGAGGGCGAGGACGACGACUAUGACUUCGGAAGCGGCGCCGGAUUUUACGUGGACUCCACUCAAGACAAAUGGAAAACUCAUUAUCGGAUGUACUCUUAUGUGACCAAAGAGUUGCCCAAAAUUAUCGACGAAAACUUUCCCGUUAUAAAGGGUUGUCAAUCGAUUUUUGGUCACAGUAUGGGAGGACAUGGCUCACUCAUCUGUGCCCUUAAGAAUCCAGGUUUCUAUAAGAGUGUGUCUGUAUUCUCACCCAUUUCUAACCCGGUUGUUGGAAAGUGGGGUCAAAAAUGUUUGACUGGAUAUUUGGGUAAUAAUAAGAAGGAUUGGGAGGAAUGGGACGCAACGCUGUUGGUUAAGAAGUAUAAGGGACCGGCACUUAAUCUGAUUGUAGAGCAGGGUGCUGAAGAUCCCUACUUAGCCGAUGAGCUCUACGUCCAGAACUUCAUCGAUGCCUGCGUUGGCGCUAAUGUUGCCGUCGAUUAUCGUCUACACGAAGGCUAUGACCACUCGUUUUACUUUGUGUCCACAUUCCUCGGGCAGCAUAUCAAACACCAUGCUAACAUUUUAUAUAGCACUGUUUACUAAAUGAAAUUAGCAC